AUGAAUCCCGACAAUAAUGAAGAUUCAUCUCUUCAACUAUUAUUCAUGGGUACCGGUACAUCCACAGGUCUUCCUCUAAUCCCUUGUUUAACCCUCUCAGCACCUUAUCCUUCAACAUGGCACGAAACAGUCCCACUUCCUUCUUCAACACCUGACAAUCCUCCCGUGCGAGGAGCUUGGGAUCCUUCAGGUGAUUGGCCGAAGAAUAUACCAUGUGCUUCAUGUCGUUCUGCUGUGGAUAAGGAUGUUCCGGAAGGAUGGAAGAAUAAAAGAGGUAAUACGAGUUUAUUAUUGCGUAAGAAAGAUUCACAAGGUCAAUGGAAGAAUGUAAUUGUGGAUGUUGGGAAAACAUUUAAUCAACAAGCUGAGAAAUUGUUUCCUGUUUGGGGUGUGAAAUCUGUUGAUGCUGUUAUCUUGACACAUGGACAUGCCGAUGCUUAUCUAGGUUUGGACGAUUUAAGAGAAUGGUGUAUCCGUCUACAUAUGUCUAUCCCGAUAUAUCUCACAAAAGCGACAUAUGAUACAGUAGCAGAUAGUUUUCCUUAUUUAGUAGAUGCUACCAAAGCCUCGGGAGGAGGGGAUAUACCUUCGUUAAUUUGGAUAAUAAUAGAAGAAGAAAGUGAAUUUGAUAUAUUUGGAAUACACAUACAUACUUUUUCAGUCCAUCAUGGGAUUUAUUUCCACGAAGGAGCCACCGACCCUUUAAUAUGUUUAGGAUUCAUAUUCGAUCAUCUCAUAGCUUACAUUGCCGACGUUUCACAUAUUCCAGAAAAAUCAUGGGAGAUUCUUCUCAAUCCUCGUCGUGUUCACUCAUCGUUAUCUUCCAAGAUGAAUGGUCUCACUUUGGAACAACCUUCAUCUGGUCCUUUCUCCACCUCCACUUCCGAUUCCAACUCCAUCCCAAUCCCAAUCCUCACAAAUCAAAUCAAUCCAUCUUUGAACCACAUCGACCCAGCUUCAAACUCAGGUUCUGGUCUGGAUCCACAAGCGAAAUCUAAAAAUGACAAACUCGCUGUAUUAAUCAUCGACGCUCUUUGGCCAUUAAGAUCCCAUACAUCUCAUUACAAUCUUCGUCAAGCUCUUUUAGCGGCUGAAAGACUCCGACCUUGUAUCACCUAUCUAGUCGGAAGUACUCAUCCUACUUCUCAUUACAUGUGGGAAAGACUAUGUCAAUCGAUUUCUGAUAUCCCUCCAAAAGUUGUGAAUGAGGAUAACCAUCCUGAUGAGGAUGUAGCCAGUAUUAUAGUGGAUAAAUUCUGGUAUACUCAACCUGACGAGAAGGAGAAACAAUUGUUAGAUCAAUGGGGAAAAGAAGGAGCAAAGAUUGAGCCGGCUUACGAUGGUUUGAUGUUGGAACUUCAACGGGAUUCAGAUUGUAUGGUCAUCGACCCUCCUGAACGUUACAAAGAUUAUCUUGAUUGGUGGUGA